AUACUAUUGGUGUGUGCUUUAUUUACAGUCAAGCUAAGCUAAGACUUUAUAGGAAUAUUAGUUCUUGUAAAGGAAGAACAUUGAAGCAAAAAAUGGUCUACAGACGCUGGUGUCCAGCUUGGAGCAAGAAAUUUCCUUCCUUUUAUCACGACAAAGAACAAAACUUCACAUACUGCAGGUUAUGCAGAUGUAGCAGUAUACCUCAUGCACAAGUAUGUAAGUGGGCAACUGGUCUUACCCCUCCUUCUUCGGGAUGGAGAAUGAGGCGUCUGGUUCGUCAUUUAUCUUCAUUCGAACACCAGACUGCGCAUGCAACAGCUGUGGAUCGUUGCCAAUCUGUCAUAGAUUACCAACAGAAGAACAACGGAAGUCUCCCACCAGAUGCUGAGGAUCCUGACUCCAUACUGGGGGAAGCUGAUUCUUUCUUUGUCAGUUUUAGCCCGGUUACCUUCAGAAGUGUAUUAGAGACGCUCACCUUUGAAGAGUUGACCCGUAAAGCUCAUUCAACGUUUGAAACAGAACAACUCAAGUUUGGACAUUCAGAAUACUUCAAACAAAUCAAAAGAAAGAGUAACCAGGACAGUUUGCGACCGUCGCUUGUUGUUAAAUCCGCUAAGCUUGACCAACUUCCAUCAGUCACAAAAUAUCCAGACAUUGAAGCAGAUGAUGAAAUGAGACAAGUUACUCUCGAAAUCGCAACCAAUCAAGAAACAUCUGAAAACGACACAGAUUCUGAGGUGGAUUUGGCGAGCAAGGAACUGCAUGGUGACCGCCAUGAUAACGUAAAUUUCACAACAAGUAACGGACAAAAUGGUGACAAUUUUGAUUCAUCUUCCAACAUAGCGUUGACCUUACCACCAAGCUUUGAUGAACUUAUUCAAACACAAAAGAAACUUGUUAAAGCUAUCGAAAAACUUGUUGAAGUACAAACUGAAACUUUAACUGCUGUUAAAACACUUAUUAAACAAAAUAAAAACAGCACGUAGCUGGAGAUAUUAUUGUACAGUACUAUAGUUAUUGUAUAGUACGAAAAGAUGUCCAAUCUUACCCCUACCUACUGUACUAUUUUUCUGCUGAAAAUACUUUAAACCCAAAAUCAUAAACACCAUGAGAUUUUAAAUCUUAUGAUAUACUAGAUCAUGAUAUUCAAAACAAUACCUAUAUUUUAACAACAUUAUCAGAGGUGUUUAACCUGCAGUGGUGAGGUAGCCAUGUCAAGAUUUUUUAAAAACUUUUACAAUAAAGUAAAAUUUCUGAGCACCCAAAACAUUCUAAUUUCGCUAUUUUUGAACUUUUUUGUUUUAUUUCAGCUUCAUGCGGUUUUUGAAGUUUUUAUCAUGAAUUAUGUGUCUGGUCUUGUGUUUGUGUACAAUGUACAUGAUGUUAAACCUUAUAAUAUCAAUGCUUGUAUCUUAAGAUAAGCAUAUGGAUUUUACAUUUGUUAUUGGUAAAGGAAAUUUACAAAGAUUGUGAACAUGUAGUUUAAACUUGUUUACUGUCACUAGCUCCAAAUUUAUUUUUGGUUUUUGGAUUAAAUAUCUUAUGCUUUUUGGCAUUCUCAGUUA